AUGUCCGCCGCUGCAACGACCGCCGCCGUCGCCGCUCCGCCGCAGCGCCACCGCGUCGAUCCGCGCGUCGAGGCGGCCGUGCGCGCCGCCAAGCCCUUCCAGCCGCGCUACCUGGUGCCCCUGCUGCGCAUCCUCGUCUUCCACCUCUACUUUGUCCCCACCUCGCUCCUCGCCAUCCCGCUCAUCGCACUGCGCUGCAUCGUCCCGGCGCUCCGGCCCAACCCGCGCUGGUCGUUCCUCACCGCCCUCUCGAUCCUCAACGUCCGCCGCGCCAUGCGCAGCAUGAUCCGCUUCGGAUUCCAGCCCAUCCAGCCCCGCGAGGGCGGAUGGAGAGACACCCGCGGCAGCAUCGCCGCCCUCCUCAACGUCCUCAACUACUCCGGCCCCGGCGGCAGCGUCACCCACCCCAAGCUCGCCGCCGACGCCGCCAAAAAGGUGGCCCGGGGCGUCGACAAGGUCUGGUUCGACCCGCCCCCGCUCGACGCCCUCACCGACGUCCUGUCGGUGCGCACCCAGGGCGCCGGAAGGGGCCUCGCCGUCCAGUCGACCCACUACGCCGGCCCACCGCUCCUCGACCCGGCAUUUGCAAAGACGCGCUCCCGCGCAUUUUGGUUCAUGCAUCGCCCCGGCGUGCUCCCGCCCUCUGCCCAGGCGGCGUCAAAGUCGGCAACGACGACGACGACAAAGACGCCGCCGCGCGAGCGCCCCGUCAUCCUCUACUUCCACGGCGGCGCCGGCGUCACGUUCAGCGCGGCCGACCUGUUUAUGGGCCAGUGCCUCGCCUCGAACCUGGCAAAGUCGAGCGGCGCCGACGUCUUUUCCGUCGACUACCUCCUCGCGCCGCACGGUCCCUUUCCCGUCCCGCUGAUGCAGGGCGUGGCGGCCUACAUCUACCUCCACCGCACGCUGGGCUACCGCACCGACCAGAUCUACAUUGGCGGAGACUCGUACGGCGCCUGGCUGACGCUCUGCCUCGAGCGAUACCUGCGCACCUAUGCCCACCUCGUCCUCGACGACCCAGAGUCGCACGCCAGCGGCGCCGAAAGCCCCAGCUUCGUCGCCGGCCUCGUCCUCCUCAGCCCGCACAUUGCCCACGACGGCGACCACUUUGCCUCGCGCCAAAAGUACGUCGCGACCGACAUCAUCGACCUCAGCUACGGCGAGUGGGGCGCCGACGCGCAGCGCAUCACGCCGCGCCACCGCGCCACCAACCCGCUCCCGCUCUCGGAUCCGUGGUACACGCACUCCAACAAGCCCAGCGACGAGCUCGCCCGCCUCCCGCCCGUCUACAUUGCCAACGGCGACAACGAGGUGCUGCGCGACGAGGGCAUCUACUUUGCCCAGCUCCUCCGCCAGGCCAAAGGAGGCCUCGCCGAGUCCGACCCGGAAGUCGUCCUCGAGAGCGAGCCCGAUAUGCCCCACGACUACUUUACCCUCGACACCGAGCGCGCCCGCGCGAGAAAGGUCUAUGGCCGCAUCGGAAAGUGGAUUAGAGGUAUCACCGAGGGAAACGGGAGCGGUUACCGGCUCUGA